AUAUUUCUUCUCCUCCAGGAAACAAAUUGAUUUAAAGACCUCUUCUCUUCACAUUUGGCAACAAAUCCAUUCAAUUCUCUUUUAAUGGUUUGCAAACGUAACACCAUGAGUAGUGACUGUUUCAUUAGAGGCAGAUCUGCUGGCCCAGCUCCACGUCCUGCUCCAGUUCACCAAGCUCCUGCUCAGAGCGGUGAUGGAUCUAUGCAUGAUGAUGCUGCUGCUGCCGCCCCUGUACCUACCGCUAAUAGUAUGGAUGCAUGCAACAUUCACUCAAAGGCAUUCCAGGAUUGCAUCAACAGCUAUGGAAGCGAUAUUAGCAAGUGCCAGUUUUACAUGGACAGGCUUGCAGAAUGCAGAAAGAACAAUGGUGCCCCAAUGAGUGCUUGAACGUGCUCUUCAUAUGCUUUUCCCUACAAUGGAGAAAUAGCUUUGAGUUUGCAUAAGUGCUCUAAUAUGUUUCGUUUUUCGAACU